UUUUUAUUAAUUUACCUUUUAUAGUAAAUUUUGUGUACAAGCAGUAGAGGUUUCGUCUCGGAAAAAAAAUAAAUUCUCUCCCGACAAAAGACGAUGACAGGAGCGGCGGAUCUAGGGUUCUAAAUGGGUUUGACUGGUUCUGCUUCUGGUUGAUACUGAUUUAUUGAGGUUUUUGGUUUCACGGAUUGUUCUCUUGAUUUCCGCUACGGUGCAAAGGAAAGAAAGGGAUCGGGUGUUUAUUGCAGAUACAUCUUGCGAUUGUCAUGGGGAUAUGGUUUUGAUUUGGUAGAUUGGGUUUGUCUGGGAUAGUGGUAUCAUCUAUGGAAGAUUUUCUCCGAUAUGGUGGUGGCUCGAUUCUCAGAUUUUGGGAUCUCUCUUCCUCAGGGAUUUAUUUGGUUGCGCGAUUUGGAUAUAACAGAUGCUGAGAUUCUAGGCAAUGAAGACUCGAAAAUACCUAUUGAUGGUCUUGCUUGGGCUACUGCGGUUCCUGAUGGGGAAUCAGUUGAGACAGAGGAGGAUCCUAUGGACACAUCUGUUCACGUCGAUAACCCAUCCCUUGCUGAUCCGGGUGUGGAUAAGGUUCGUAAGUCUAAGCCUUCUUUGGCCCUUAAAGAGAUAGCUUCCAAGAAGAUCAAUGUGUAUCUGCACAACACGCAAGGAAACGUCCUGCACCUAACUCUUAUGAUUUGGUUGGUGAGGGGCCUAACCCGAAGAACCAGGAACUGGAGAAGGGAGCAGCUAGUGGGUCAAAGCCACCUAAACCACAUUUUAAUAAAUGAGGAUUUUAAGUUGGAAUUGCAAGAGGCUUGGGAAUAAAGCGAUUAUUGGAUAUCUUAGGGACUUAUGGAGGAAACAUAAACCAGAUUUCUUAUUUCUUUCUGAAACUAGGCAAUAUUUUUCUAUUUUAGAACCUUUUGUUGGUCAUUUUGGUUAUUCGGAUUUAAAAACGGUUGAACCUAUUGGUUGUAGUGGUGGUCUUGCACUUUUUUACAAUAAUAAUAAUAAUAAUAAUAAUAAUAAUAAUGUUACCA